AUGGGCAUUCGAUGUUGUAAGGAUGGCCAGUUUUGUGAAAUUGUAGUAGAAGAUGUUGAUGAAACAACAUUGAUGAAAGAGAAAGAGAAGAAGAAAAAGGAAAAGAAAGGAAAACCUCCACCUCCAUCACCACCACCACCUCCACCACCUCCACCCCCUCCACCCCCUCCACCAAAGAAACCCCGCCCCCCGGAGAUAAAGAAGCCAAUCGCCAAUGAGCUGAUAGCCAUAAAGGUCCAGGCCUGGUGGCGGGGCAUCCUGGUGAGACGGACACUGCUGCACGCGGCGCUCAGAACUUCCAUCAUUCAGCGGUGGUGGAAGCUGACACUGGCAAAACUGCUGGAGAAGAGGCGGCGGGCGGCCCUAGUGUACCACGCGCUGCAAGAAUGGGCAGUGGUCAAGCUGCAGUCCUGGGUCCGCAUGUGGCGCAUCCACCUUCGUUACUGCCGUUUGCUCCAUGCUGUCCGCAUCAUCCAGGUUUACUGGCGCUGCCAUAGUUGCCAUACUCGUGGCUUUUUCCGUGGCAGCUAUGAACUCACAGCAAGCCAGCUGGGACUUGAGCUUGAGAUCUUUCUAGGAUCACAGAUUUGUCGUAUUACAGACUGCAUCCCCUUCCCAAUAAAGAACUGA